AAAACAGGAUCGUCUCCCGUCAAGUGGGGGGGCGCUUUGAUGCCUCAGACUCUGACCAUUGUAGCCUCAGGCAUACAUACAUGAACGAUGAUGAUACCUUAUCAGUCUCUUUUCCCCGCAAAAUAUUUCACCACCACAUAAACAAAACACCAAGCGCACGCAAUUCAACCUCAAUUCUCUCCACCGCACCACCAAUCCACCACAUCAACUGAACAAACCAUGAGCUCACCCCCAAGCGACACUCUCACCCUCCCUCUCACCGACCGCCAAUUCCUCGAACCGCAUCUCCCCCCACCUAUCCAAUCAAACAACCCCUCGAAAGAUGAUGACCAUAGUAGCGACCUCCUCCCCUUCACAACCCUAACCUUCGCCACCUCCCUCGACUCCUCCCUCGCCCUGGCUCCCGGCACGCGCACGAUUCUCUCUGGCCCGCAAUCCAAAGCCAUGACGCACUACCUCCGCUCGCGCCACGACGCGAUCCUCAUCGGCGUCGGCACCGCCAUCGCCGACGACCCGGGCCUGAACUGCAGGAUCGCCGGGGUCGGGGGGUAUGGAGGUCAGGGACUGGAGGGUCAACCGCAGCCGAUUAUCGUGGACCCCUGCGCACGCUGGCGGUUCGGUGCGGAUGCGAAGAUCCUGGAGCUGGUGAGGCAGGGGCGCGGGCGGGCGCCGUUUGUGGUGAUUGCGGAGGGGGUGGAGCCGGCACAGAGUCAAAAGGAGGUGUUGGAAGGGGUCGGGGGCAGGUUUAUUGCAUUGCCUUGCGUCAACGUCAAAGUGGUGGGGGAGGUUGGGACGAUGAGGAAGGAGUUUGAUUGGAGGCAGUUGCUGGGGUUGUUGCGGCGGGAGGAAGGGAUCAGGAGUGUGAUGGUUGAGGGGGGCGGCAGUGUGAUUAAUUCGUUGUUGCAGCCACAGUAUCAGGGGAUGGUGAGUUCGGUGAUUGUUACGAUUGCGCCGACGUGGUUGGGACAGGGUGGGGUGGUGGUGUGUCCGCCGCGGACGAGAGCGGGGCUUGCUGUGGGAAGAUUAAGGGGGGUGAAGUGGUAUCCGUUUGGGGAGGAUGUGGUGCUUUGUGGACGGUUUGGGGAGGGGGUCAGUGAGUGAGUAAGUAGUAUGUACAGCAUCUGGUCCGAGGUGUGCAAUUUUCCCCCCAGGGUUCAUACUGUAGCUACCUUACCCAUGCAUGGGGUGGAACAUGCAUACAACAUUCUUAAAUCUAAUCUAAUCUAAUCUAUUUAG